AUGGCGGAUGGAGCUGAAGGAUGCCCAUUGCGGCGCUAUUCCGCUGUGGAUUCUAGUGAAAACAUUGUUAAUCGCAACAAAACGUACCCUGGCGACUCUCAAUCGCCGCAUUUGCAUGAGGUUGUGCCUGCGCAAACUGAAGGGAUCCCCCCCUUUCUGUCGCGGCGAAGUUGGGAAGCUGGUGUUCCUUAUCAUGGGGAAGUUGUUUCACGAGAUGUAUCCCAGUCUCGCUCGGUGGGGCCCAAGUCGCAACCGAGCACAGAGGCAACUCGAAGCACCACAACUAUGAGGAGUUGUGCGCUUAAUGCUUGUGAGUCCUUUGAUGUAGAAAAUGUGCUUCCGCCAGUACGGAAGCGGGCCGUCUCGUUACGCAACCCGAGGCGGGCUGGCGAUCAGGAUUUCGGUAAACCCGGGAGUGAUAUCAGUGCAAGCCCCGCUGCGGCAACAUGGUCUGUGGCCGCGCCUGCGAGUCAUUGCAGCAACAGGGGUACGAGAAUGGGGCGAAGUAGCUCUUAUAGCGAACUCUUACCUGUUGGCAACGCAGCUUGCGGGUGUGGGCGCGUGCGCGUAUCGAGUUUGCGUGACUUGCUGCAGCACUACGGCUCUCCUGAUGUUGGAAAAGAUGCAGGUGACGCGACCCUGCCAGAAGUGUGGGGUGGGGCAUCCAAGUAUAUCCCAAAACUGCCGCGGCAACCCGCGUGUAGUGUUUUUGGUCUGUUUAGCAUGAUGGAGCGUGACCGCUUCGAAUCUUUUGCUGCCCUCUUCAAGCGGCACCGCCAGUUGCUGGAGCCGUUUGUGGAGCAUGUAGUGGAUCAGUGCCCGCCACUUUUUCCGGAUGUUGUAAACAUCGUGGAGUUCCUGCGCAACCCUUCAGACGCCCCUGGGGAGUACUUCUUUGACUACUCGUUGGUCGCCUGGCCGUUUAGUGUGCUGUACGCCGCAUCCUGUUUCUACGUUACGGCUAAGCAGCAUGGGUAUCGUAAUCUCUUCGAUAUCCUUCGCCUGCGAGGUGGGCUGCUCACGUGUGGGAAGGACGUGCUAGCCGCACUAGCCAUUGCCAUGUCUCCAACAGAGGAGGACCUGCUGCGAAACGUCUCAAACAUGUACCAUGCGGCGUUUUUUGUCGGUUCAGUUUACAUUGACGAUGAGAGAUGCCUUGAAACCCAUGUACGGAAGUGCUCUAAUUGUAGCUUCGCUCUACUUCUAGUUAACAUAACGAUACCAUGCCUGCAGCUUUUGGUUGAGAGGAUAAACCAAGUCCAGAUUUUUUCCCGGGCACGUUAUGAUCGCACAGAAGGCCCGACAGCUUGUGUUAUUCCCCUCUCCAAGGUUGAGAUAACGCGAGUUAUAAGCACCCGCUGCGCUAUCGUUUGUGGCAAUCCCGUAGAUCUGGAACGCCUCGACAUUCUUGUGCUGCGCUACGCAUGCGCCGCUGGUAUCAAGGUGCACAAGGAGUUUCUUCCCAUAUUUACUCCCGAGAACAGCCUUUUCUACAAUCAGUCUAAACAUCUCCAACUUCUGCAGCUUUGGAGUGACAACGGUGUGGAACUAGAUGCAUCAUCUAUGCAUUUAACUGUGUACUCUCCCGUUGACGGGAAGCCAUGGAGUAGUGAGUCUAUAGGCUCUCUUUUGGAUGAAGUUGCUCGGGCAGUGACUUGUUCUUCCCACGACUUGACACAUUCUCUCCAGCAGCUACAAAACGGCGAUGUGUUACUUGACUUUUCCGCAACCGAACCGGGUAUUGGAAAGCUUGUUGAGUGGGAGCAACGGGAUGUUGUAGUACUAUCUGAGCCUGCAGACGUUGUCGCCCUGAAUAUCCUUUCGACGCCUCGCAGGGGUAGAGCCAAACACGUUAUGGAGUCUACCCUCAAUAAGUGUGCCGUAAUCAACGAUAUAUUGAAAGUUAUAUCCUGGGAGUGUGAACCCCGACUCGCAUAUACGGAAACCCUUUCCUGCACCUUUGUCGACUUUGGACUGGUUAUGAAAAGGCCAGAAACUGGAAGGGAAAUCAAUGAAUGUUACCAGCGCUUGUGCGAGGUGUCGCAUCCUGUGACAGGCACGUGCACUAGUUGUGGUGUUCCCUCCGUGAACUGUUUGUGGGAGGAUGUGAUGGCAACACAAGAGCAGUCUUGUGGCUUACCUGAGUAUAUCGUCGUUGCGAAUGGGCAACCUCCUGGAGCAGUUGGUGUGCACCAGGUUUCGCCUACGGUGAAGUAUUACGAGGUGCAUUCCGGGUGUGUUCUGUUGCAGACCGGAGUGGAGUUUACACGUAGGUUAUCACAUUACACGAGGCUGCCGUUUCCGCCACACACACUACUGAUGUGUCCCACGGUAUUAGAUCUCAUUCAUCUUUGGGAGACAUACGAGUUUUUGGGGGGACGCGCUCCAACUAACCUCGCAUAG